CAUCCGCUUUCUCCCUUGAAGCGAUUCGCUUCGCUUCCGCGCAAUUACCAUCCGAAACCGAAACCCUAAUCGCCCGCACGCCCUGUUCCUGCUGCUCGCCCUCUCGAGGAGCCUUCGAUUCGAUCGCCCCUCCUCAAGGGUCGCGCCUGUCUUCCCCCGGAGCUCCGAAUAGGGCUCCGACAAUUUUUACGCUUCGUCACGAUCCCGCAAGACUACGUUUUCGAGUCAAUCAACUUGUUUCUCUGGAUAUAAAGAAAUUGGCCUGCUUAUUGAUAUGAUGAGUUUGUGUAGUGGAGGCAGUUGUACUCAGCGAGGCGAUCGAUUAUAUCUCAUAAUCAACUAUGAUGGAUGCGAAUGACAACACUGAAAUUACUGUCCACAAUCCAAGAGCUCGGAAGUUGAGAUCCUUAGUUUGGAACGAUUUCACCAAGGAGAGAAGACCAGAUGGGAGUUAUGUUGCUAUAUGCAAUCAUUGCAAGAAGCAGCUCACAGCUAGCAGCAGGAGUGGUACUACCCAUCUAAAGAACCAUCUUGUUAUCUGCACGUCAACCAAGCGAGGUAAACGCAAGAAGCUGGUCGUUCGCCGCCUUGUACUUAAGUCUAACGAUGCCAAGAAUGAAGGUGGUAUGAGUUCCGAGCACUCCCAGUUUGAUCAGGAACUGAGCCGGCAAGAUCUUGCCCGCAUGGUCAUUCUGCAUGGUUACCCAUUCAACAUUGUUCAUCAUGUUGGUUUCAGGACCUUUGUUAGGAACCUUCAACCGCUGUUUAAAAUGGCGUCUGCUGAUAUUGUGAAAGCAGAUUGCAUGAAGAUAUAUGAGAAUGAGAGGCUCAGGUUGCAUGACAUGCUAGACAAACUACAUUCUCGAGUUAGCAUCACAGUCGAUAUGUGGAAAUCCAUUGCAGACAUGGACUAUGUGUGCUUGACCUGCCACUAUGUUGAUAAUGAUUGGAGACUUGAGAAGAAAAUUCUCAACUUCUUUCCUCUUGAGCCUUCUGAAGUGGGGCAGGAUGUGAGCAAAAUCAUAUUGGAGAGAUUGCGGGAAUGGAGUAUUGAUGGAAAGCUAUGUGCUGUAGUGCUAGACAAUUGUAGCACCAGUGAUUUGGUUGCGAAUGAGCUUAUAGAGUGCCUCCGUAUGAAAGGUUUUCUUAUUUCAGGUGGUGAUCUAUUUUCUACCCGGUCCUGUGGUCAUUUGUUGAAUCUCAUUGCUCACAAAAGUCUAGAAGUAGCGUGUGAAGUCAUUGAUAGAGUUCGUGUCGGUGUGCAAUUUGUAAAAACCUCACCCGAAAGGAAAUCCAGAUUUCAGAAAGAUACAGAUCAAAUAGGAAUCCCAGAAAAGCCAUUGGUUCUUGAUGCUCCAUCUAGUUGGCCGUCGACAUAUAUGAUGCUUGAAACUGCAUGUCAUUAUGAGGAGGCUUUCAAACACUUGGCAGAAAGUGAUCCGGACAAUGCAAGCUUUCUUUCGGCCAAGGAUUGGGAAGACGUUAGAGCGAUUGUUGAGUGUCUAGAUGUUCUUUACCAGGCUUUGGAGAAGUUCUCUUCCACAAGAAUUCCUACUGCAAAUCUGUACUUCAAUGACAUGUGUGGUAUUCAUUUUCUUUUAAAGACCUGGUACAAGAGUCCACAAUCUUUUGUUGCAUCUAUGGCUAAGGAGAUGCUUGAGAAAUUUGAACGAUAUUGGGACUUGAGUAGAAUGUUAAUGACAAUUGCAUCUGUUUUAGAUCCACGCUACAAGAUGAAGUCUGUCGAAUACUUCUUUAAGCAAAUUUGUGAUGAUGCAUUGGAAGCUAAAACAAGGAUUGACAAUGUUCGCGACAGCUUUAUAAAUCUGUACAAUGAGUAUGUGGGCCACUCUGCAAAUUCUUCAAAACUUCAAGCCUUUUAUGCCGGGAACGGUAGUGGCUAUAAUGGGAAUGAACAUGUAAAUGGUGGAGAAUAUAAGACAUCUCGAAUAACAUUAUCUGAUACACAGCGUGGAUUAGAUCAGUAUCUUAAAGAGACAUCCUCUGGUCAUCCAGCAAGAUCUGAUCUCGAUAUGUACUUGGAGGAGGCUGUUCAUCCUUCAAAAGGUCCUGAAGAUAAUUUUGAUAUCCUAGCGUGGUGGAAAUAUAAUGCUGCCAAAUAUCCAGUGCUUUCUAUGAUGGCUCGAGAUAUUAUGGGGAUUCCUAUAUCAGUUGUUCCAUUAGAUAAUGAAGCAAGAACUCUAAAUCAGUAUUUAAGUUCGACAGAUCCAAUGAUUAUAGAAUGUUUGAUAUGCUCUCAGGAUUGGAUAGGCGAUGAAACAGAUGUGUCACCUGUGGAUGCUCUAGCAGUUGUUCCUUCCACAACUCUCUUGGAGACCAACGGUGAUGAAUGCAUGCUACCUGCUAGUGGUGACUGAGACUACUAAAUUUGCUGUUGAUUUCUAGCAUCUGUGUUGCCUUUCUGGAGCUGGAGAUGCUUGCCCUUUGCAUGAACAGCCAUUCUGGCACUUAAAUUUAGCCUUUUGGAAUUAUAUGUAACAUUUCUUAUCCCCUAUGAUAACAUCUUCAUUGUAUAGAAACUGUGUAAUUCACAGUGAAUAUAGGGCAGUGAUGUGUCAUGUGCACAAAAUUAAUAAAGCAAAAAAAAU